UAUUCAUCCACUACAAUUCCCUCUCUCUACCUACCUUCUCUUCUCAAUUUCUUUCCUAAAAAAAAAAAGAAUUUUUUGAAGAAAAUUUAAGAAAUGGAAGCAAUGAAGAGAAAGCAAAUGAUUGUAAUGGUUGUUGUGGCCAUGUUGAUGACAUCAUCAAGUGUUUCAGGUGCAGAUGCACCAGCUCCAAGUCCCACUUCGGAUGCUACUACUCUUUUUGUUCCAUCUGCUAUUGCUUCUCUUUUUGCUCUUUUUUUUGGAUUUCUUUUCUGAAUUUAUUAUCAACAUUCUUAUGUAAUAUUAUUGUGAUUUGUAUGGUUCCAUGAAUUCAUUGAUGCCCUUUUCUUUUGGUUACAUAA